UAUAUAGCAAAAGAAAAAAAAAUAUAUAAUUCCGGUUCCAUCAUCAAACAGCUUUCAAUGGAGGACUUCUAGUGGACCUUGUAAUGGGCUCACACAUAAGGGCCCAUCUAAAGGGAGAUAUUUUUCUCACACAAAAAAAAUUCAAAAACUAGAAGAGAGCUCAGAUCAUAGCGCCACUACAAGAAAAACGCAGAGAAAACUUGUUUCGGAAGUUCAAAAUCGAAGAUGACCGAGUUCCCUUCUUCGAUCGAGAGAGAAGUCGCGUCGUCUCUCCUCCUCCUCCUCUCCUCCGAUCCAAUCCUCUUCUCUUCUCCAAGUAGUGAUAGAUCUGGAUCUGAGGGAGAAAAUCGCUCGCUGUGCGGUGAAAUCAACGGUCAAGUAAGCAUGAGCUUCGUGUCUACGAGAUCGUGCGAUUCGGUUCUCUCCAACAACGCCUCGUCGUCGUAUCGGAAGAGCUCUGAGGAUGACUUCAUGAACUUCAAGAUUUCUAGAAAACGCCGUACAAAUGUGGUUUACAGCUCGGUUGAUUCCAAGGCGGUGAAACACUCGAAGAAGAAUCUCGAGUUUGAUGAACUCUCCAAGGAGGAGGAGUCGUGCUUGUCUACAGGCUCCAACGAGGUUUCGAGCACAGAGAGCAGAAUCAAGGCCACCACGAGUCAUGAGAAACUACUACACGGAGAAUCUAAGAAGAAAGAGAGCCACAGGUCGAGUUCUGUUCGGCGUAAGGCUGGAAAGAUCUUGGAGUUUCUCGACAGUAGCUGCUCUUCUGAAGUCAAGAUCCGUCAAGUGCUUGGAGAUAACGCAGAUACUAGCAAAGCUCUCAGAAUGCUGGUGAAGAUUGGUUAUGUGAAGAGGUCUGGAGCAGGAGGAAAGCAUCAGCCAUUUAUUUACAAGGUACGAAUCUGGAUAAUCACAAGCUCAAAUGCACAUAUAUAUAUAUAUAUAACACAAUCGUUGUUGGAGAAUUAUGUUCAUCGAGUGGACUGUGUGGUAUCUUCUAAUGAAGCUCUUCUCUGUUUUCUAUGUAGAUUGCAUGACUAAAAUUAGUGCUUGAGGCAGGUCAGACUUUAUCCUCCUCUCCUUCCGACCUUCUGUUUAUACACGGUAUGAGUUCAUCCUCCUGAUGCAGAUUUAACUAAAAUGAAAGCUAUAACGGACAUAUAUAUAC